AUGAGGAGGUUCCUUGGCAGCAUCGCGGUCCUCAAUUUGCUGGAUGACCUUCUUUGCUAUGAACUCUGUGCAAUGGCUUUCUCUCACGAGUUCUUCGAGGUCUGUUUUCAUCCUUCUUCAGUUGAGACCUCCGGACAGAUUCUUUCGACUUAG